AUGCGCCAUUUACUUCCUCUCUGUCUCCUUUGUUUCCUACAUUCUGCAAAUGCCCUUAGGUUCCCCAUCCAUGCCCGCUCCGCUUCAACCUCAUCGAGUCGCCUGACCCGCCGCGCAAACAACGAUACCCUCCUCAAUGUCAAGAAUACCCAAAACUCUGAGUAUAUUACCAACAUCACCCUCGGAGGCAGAGAGAUACCCGUCCUGCUCGACACGGGAAGUUCCGAUUUGUGGGUAGCUGGAGAUGUUCCAGACAGCACUGACCUCGGUGUCUCCGAGUCAUUGUCCUAUGCCGUAGGAGAUGCCGCAGGUGACAUCAACACCGCCACCUUACAGUUCGGUAACUAUACUGUGGAAAACCAAGCUUUCCUGCUGGUCAAGAAUACGUCUUCGUUCUCCAUCAACAUCGAGACAGAGGGCUUUGAUGGCCUCAUCGGCCUCGGACCCAACACGGGCUCCGUCAUCCGCGACAAGCUCGGGGACUCGAAGGGGGACAGCGUCCUCGACCGCAUCUUCCAGCAAAACGCGUCCUCCGCAAACUACAUGACGAUCCUGCUCAACCGGCUGGACGACCCCACGAGCCCGUCGACGGGCCAGAUGUCCAUCUCGGAGAUCGUGCCCGGGUACGAGAACAUUACGUCGAUGCCGAAGCUCUCCGUCGAGAUGGUCCACAAGCUCACGGACCUCGACCAGCACUGGCAGACGUACACGGACGUGAACGGCGUCAUUGGCCCGGACGGGAACCCGAUCGAGGUCGAGUCCAUCGUGCCCUCCGCGCCCGACGGCCAGCUCGUCGUCGUCUUCGACUCGGGCUACACCCUCCCGCAGGUCCCGCGCGCGAUGUCGGACGCGAUUUACGGCCGCGUGCAGGGCGCAGAGUACAACUCGGAGCAGGGCUUCUGGACGAUCCCGUGCGCGCAGAUGCUCAACAUCAGCUUCAAGUUUGGCGGCGUCGACUACCCGAUCAGCCCGCUCGACACGUCGAGCAGCGAGUUCGACGUCGUCAACAGCGCAGGCGACCCGGUCUGCGUGGGUGCCUUCCAGCCCAUCAGCUCCGCGUUCAGCCUGCUCGGCGAAUACGACAUCAUCCUCGGCAUGUCGUUCAUGCGCAACGUCUACGCGCUCUUCGACUACGGCGACUUUGUCGAGGACACGUCGACGGACCUCGGCAGCCCGUUCAUCCAGCUGCUCUCCACGACCAACGUCGCCGCCGCGCACGCUGCGUUCGUCAGCGUCCGGCUCAACGGCGUCGACACGACGGGCGCCGCGUCGCAGGCGCUGCUCCCGGUCUCGGAGGAGCAGCACUCACCCGAGACCGAGGCGGAGAAGAAGGCGCAGUGA